CGUUGUGAUGUUGAGGUCAGAGUUCGGCUGCAGUUAGAAGACACAGGCCGUACAUCGGUGCCUUGUUGUGCAGAAGAAGAGUUAAGAGAACAGAUUGCCGAUAUGUGUGAGGGAGCCUCCAGGAUCUCGGGCCCCAUACCCCCGGAUCCCACACUCUUCCCAGACUGCUACAGGCGACCUGAGACAGCCCGGGGGAGGCUGGAAGGAACUCAUCUGAAACUGGAUUUCCUGUCUGGACCCCUGGCCCCAGAUCCUACCUUAUACCCAACCUGUUACAGUGCCCGACCUGCCUACCCUGCACCCAGAAUCAGACCUAAUGCUCGAGAAAUCCUGGACCGGGGUCAGAGUGGCAGUGUAGGGGUCCUGCUGAGACUGGAGGGCAUUUCCCUGCAUGGCCAGCCACAGUUGUCACCUCCGCGGAAAAGUAAGGACCACGGCAAAGAGAAUGUACGCAGGAUGAGGGAGAUCCAGAAACGCUUUCGGGAGAAGGAGAUAGACCGGGAACAGGUUGCACCAAAACCAAUCAAAGCUCUCUGGAAGUCCUCAAAAUAUGAGACUGUGGAGUCCAAAGUGAUAGCUAAACUCCAAGAGCCUCCGCCACCACCACCUUCCAGCAGUGUGCCAGCCAACUUCCUCAAAUCACAUUCCCGCUGUGGUUCUGGGUUGCCACCAAAAAGACCCAGCUCACCUGGCCCUAGCCGGCCUCCUAGUGCCAGGGACAAUAUGGAGGUGCAUGGGUCCAGCAUUGACUUUGUGGCCCACAAUGCUAGAAAUGCUAAGAAGGUGCAGAUCAGGCGUUCCAGAUCCAUGCAAUCAUUAAAUGAAGUGCUGGAGGACAAACAACGGCACCAGAAGGAGUACAACUCCAAGCAGAAGGGGCAUCUUCCUCAGUAUCUUUUGGAUCUGAAGCAGCAGUGGCUUAAGGAGAAGGAGGAGAUGAAGAAGCAAGUCCCUGACCCCUCGAUGCCUCCUGGUCACACCAAGAUGCCAGAGCAAGAGAGGCUGGAGACCCUCAGUAAACUUAAGGAGACUCAGACCCAGCUAACCAAGGAGUUGCUGAUGCUCCCAGUCCGGGCAGAUACUCUCAGCAUCCAGAAUCGGCGCACAGAACUAGACAAAAAACUUACUGAAAUUGAGGAGGCCAUCAAAAUAUUUUCCCGUCCUAAGGUUUUCAUCAAGAUUGACGCUUAAAGGAGACCUGUCAUGCGAGAAAUAUGUAGGGGCCAUUGCUGACCUAA